GUCGGAGUAUGUCUGUUCCGAUAUAAGGACACGUCGGGACACUAGAUGGGUAGAAUCUACCAGUUCACACAGCACCAGUCACCUUAACCAUUUCCCAACUCUUAAAGGCAGCAACGACAGCAGCAGCGGAAACAACAACAACAAUCACCUGACUCAUUGCGACAACAGUUGCACCACUGGCUCGCUGAAGGAAACCUGUAGUUUGCUCGAAAGCAACUCCGGCAGUGACACAACAGGCAUCUGUUCGCGGUUGAGCAGGAUGGGUGUGCUCUGCACAGAGAAGCACGAUGUGGAGGAACCGUGCGAGUGUGAGGAAAUGUCCGCUAGCUCUCCUCGACCCGCUACCCUACAUUGUUUCCCGUCCUCGCCCGGGGAGAGCAGCGUUACCAGCAGCCAAGAAUGCCUCAAGACUUUCGUGUCCAGGAAAAGGUCCCUGGAUGCCGCCUUGAGCGAAGCAGGUGACACGGCCACAGCGGUGACUCGAAGGCGUACUCAAAGGUCGCCAUCAAUGGGGUCCAUAAACGGGUUGGUGGCACAUACUACAGCCAUCAAGGAUAAGCUCUGCUCUGACGUAGCAAUUGUUCUUGGUCAGAAUGGCCUCAAGCACGAGUUUGGAACCAACGGCGUCAAGGCCCCAAAUGGCUAUCAGAAUGGCACCCGACCACAUUGUUGUCUGGGCUUGAACAUGAGGACAGCGUGUACUAAGUGCAUGGGACACCACCAUCCCGCUGUUAUUGUUACAUCUAUAUCAUCAUCUCAGUCACAAUCGCCAUCUCCACCAACACAGUCAGUAACUGCAGCCUGUCAUAACGGCAGGCCUAUAGGUAACUGCCAUAGUCAGGGGAACACAGAUUCCUUGACGCAUUCAACUUCAGCUUCCAUCCUUUCAGUAGGCAGCAAAUCUCACGCAGUGGUUGAAGACCCCAACAGUGCCAAACGACCUCAACCACCUUUAUCACUGUUAUCAGCUUCAUCAGUGUCAUUAUCUGUUGCUCCAGCUUCGCAGCAGCAGCAGCAGCUUCACCAACCAACUCAGGGAUCAAUCUCCUCCAAUAUAGGCAGCAGCAAUCACAAUAGCAGCAGUGACAGUGAUGAAAAGGACGAUCUCGGCUCCAGUUCUGCUGUUGCAUCCUCAUCCAAAUGCAUAUCAGCUUCCCCAAAUGCUACCGUCCUUAGCCUUCGCCAAAGGCAUCCGUCGAGCAAUAGCGCACAGAAGUCAUUAUCUCAGCCGCCCUCGCCACAGGCUUCGGCAUCCAUGUUAUGUAAAUCAAAAUCACUCGUCACAUCCUCUUCAUUACCGUCUUUAUCCUCGCUGGUGACGGAGCCCGCCUCGCCGGUCACCCCGCCUACCGUUCCCUGCAGAUGGCGCGGCUGUUCCUGUCACCUGGACACCAGUGAUCUCCUGGAACACAUCCGAAAACACGUGGAGACACAGAUUGAGAAGAAAACCUAUGCCUGCCUGUGGGCGGACUGCAAGGUUUUCAACAAGCCCUCCUGGUCGGGCUCCUGGCUGGAGCGCCAUGUGGUCAGCCACAGCGGCCAUCGACCGUUUAAGUGCAUACUGGACAACUGCGGCCAACGUUUCCAUUCACAGGCGGCCCUAGAGAGACAUGUCAACGGCCACUUCACAGCUCCUAACCAGAACGGGGUGAAGUCCGGCCGAACCCGGGAAGAGAUUAGUCAUCGGAUGUUGCAGAAACGUAAACGACAGAUGAAACGGAGAUUUGUGCAGACAG